AUGACUAGUAUGUUCUCUUUCAAUAUAGCAAUGAUAUGUCCACAGUUACGUGAAGUGUGGGCAAUAAUGAAGAGAAAGAGCGAGAGCAAGCUGAUGAGGAUCGUAGGAUCGCCGAUAAGAGCGUUGGGAAAAGCGAGGGACAUGUACGUGCGAAGCAUAACCAACUGCGGCCAGCGCGUGAGCUACUACGGCGAUCCCAUGGAAGGUGCUGGAAGGUUCUCCAGGAGCCACAGCGUGGCCACCGCGUCGGCUAGGUCCGAGGUUAGCGACGAGGAUUACGCGGAGCUGGUGAGAGCCGCGUCGGCGAGAACCACGUUGGCGAAUCGAAUCAACGUUUCGAAAGUGUUGCCGAAGUCCAGCAGCGUCGGGAUGGGGAGGAUCGACGAAGAUAAAGCGUUUGAGUCUGAAGGAGGUGUGGGUUUCGUGACGGAUCUGUAUCCGAGGAGUAGAAGCUACGCUGUGGCGAAGAGCAAACCUGCUUUUGAAAGCGUUGUUGCGGUUCACGUUCCCAACGUUGGAAUUCAAGCUAGGAAGUAA